AUGGCCCGCGCCUUCAUCCAGGCCAUUCCCCGGGGCUCUAGCGACGCUGUAGACCAGCCAGCCAGGAUGGCGCCGCAAGCCGCAGGGUCGGACCAGGCGGGGAAGAAAGUUUUGCUGGUGGACAUUUGCUAUCAAAUGUAAAAAUGUCUGGGUCUGGAAGAAUGCAAGUUUGUCAUGCUUGUCUGGCAUGAUUCUUAAAUCUGUGAUGCAUGAGCAGGAAAAGGGCGUCUUGCCUGUCAUGCAAAAACGCAAUUUGUCAUGCGAAAAACGAAAGACACAGCAGCGCAAAAACUUGUCAUGCUGGGCUGCAUAUUGUAGCGCGCCCACAAUUCGUAGAUUUGCAUCACAAGUUUCCAGACCCAGACAUUUUUGCAUUUGAUAUUUGCGGUCCGCGGGAGCUGUUGUCCGUGGACGGUCUUUACCUCCCGCAGAUUUCCCAGGUCAAAGUGCACACCUUAUCACAGUGAAAAAAGCCCCCACCCCAUAUUCAAAAGACAAUUUGUCUUUGUGUUGCUGGAUUUGUGUACGCAAAUGAGCUUUGUAUUGCAGCAGGAGCUUGUCGGCAUAUGCUAAGCCCAUUUGGGUGCUCAUCCGGCUAGCAGCUGAGCAUGAGAAACAAGUCUGACAUAGGCGAAAACGCAUGACAGAGUCGCUGUACAAUGCGCCACAUGGGUGCCGCUUGCCUUGUACGCAAGACAAAGCUAGCUUGUGGCACAAAUCAGCAUCACAAAUUUUCUUUUCGAUGUGGGAGGGGGGAUUUUUCCUUACGAUACACCUCCGCGGCGGACAUCACGAAAGUGAACAUCCACGUCCCGGGCAUUCAGUCCAUGAAGCUGCUCGGGCAGCUAUGCUGAGCAAAAAUGUCCCCACCCCAUAGUCAAGAUGGGAAACCUGCUAGACAAAUCAGCCAGCCUUGGUUGUUGCGCAUGACAGGUUCUUUGGCCUCGUAGUGUAAUCCUUUUUAGCUUGCUCAGCAGCAUCACAGACCUAGCCUGUCAUGCUGAUUGGAGCAUUGCAAAUUCCAGCAUACGACGGGAAAACGCUUCUCAUGGGGUUCCGCAUGAGAAACGUUUUCAGUUUGCAGAUCUGUAUUACAACUAUGGGGUGGGGACGUUUUUACAUAGGAUAGCAGCCGCAGCUGGCGCCCAUGACCGUGCCCAGCGCCGCGUCGUCGCCAACGGGUGGCGACGCGAUGAGCACCACCAGUGCCCUGGACAGAGACCUGCUUGCGGAUGGUAUUGAUUACACAUUAUAGGUUUCAUGAUGCUGACAAAUAUGUAUGCGUUCAUGUUGCGGUUGCAGUUGAUGUUCAAACACGGAACUCAGAUAACGUCUUACUGAUAUCGAAGCGCUAGAAGAACUUCUACACUGCUGACUUGAUGCAUAAGGCUCUGCGGCACGACAAUUUCAGAAUAAAUCGAUGCUUUCAUUAUGCAAAUCGACGACUUGGUCUUUAUCAGGCGCCGCGGGUGCGAGACUACGAAGAGCAGCGAUUCGACCGGUGGUGAGUCAAUACGUCAGAUAUCCGCACACGGGGAAGAUUAUGCCUCGGGUGCUAACAACAAACGUUGCGGCCAAGGUGUGGCAGGCGAAGUCCAAGAUCUUGUCAGGUAUAGAGUACUAAAUUUAUGACGAAUUUGUUUGUCGCCGUCUCCUCGGAGAUUUAUUUUGCCAACUAACAUGAUAGAACUACACCAAGCAGUGAGCUAUUCUGUUGCUGUUCUCGCGCUUUGUUUUUGUUGCAUCAAAGAUACGUCUGGUGUGCGAUGCCUGGCUCUCAAUGGAGCAAUCCAGUGCAGACAAUUUUGGCCUGUAGAAGAUUCAAGAAAGCAGUUAUGAGUGCAGUUUCUGGCUGCAGCAUCGUGGUAGCUACCACAGUACCGACGAAGAGGCUUGCGCUACUUAUAUUGUUUUUGCAUUACAUUCACAGCCACAGCUUCGUUUUUGCUGUCCAAAAUAAAUCGACAAGAAAUUAUCGUUAUUAUCGGGAUGGUCAACCGCUAAGCCUUAAUUUUUCAUCUUCUGUAUUCACAUCAGGCGCUGGCAUACAACCGGUGUCGGACCAGCCCUCGAAGCUGGAGUACACGGGGCUGCAGACCCAGGUGCCGGAGAUGGGUUCCACCCUGCAACUGCAACAGCCCCUGGACACCACGACGCAACUGGAGUACACGGGCGCGCUGUCGACGCAGUGCCCCGAGAUGGGGGCGUCUCUGCAGCUGAACAUGGGGUCCUACAUGCCCCAGCCGCCAAACUCUUUCGUCACUGCCGACGUCGAUUUGGUCGGGCUCAGCACCAUCGGACUUUCCAACGAAGAAAAGCGGGCUUUUGUCCCCAUGGAACCGGUGGCACUCAGCUCCGUGCCCGAUUCCGUUCUGCUGUGAGUGAUGAAAACUAGUACACGGGUAACAUUGUUGUACUUCUAGGUGAUCAGCAGAUAGGUGUUUCUUUCUUUUUGGGAAAUUCUACACUACUUUUUAACGGUGUAGUUUCUACCAUGCGGCUUCCGAACUCUGUCGGGAGAGAAACUCAAUCACAAUCGUUUUCCUUUAUGACAGUGUAUGACUCAUUUCUUUCCUUUGCACAUAGCAUGAACACGUUGUUUUCACUUUAGCACACUGCCUUCAGCCCAUUUUUUCCCUCAGCAUUUCAUCAUUUCUAUUGCAGGAAGAACAGAUUUUCAUUUCCUCCCGUACGUAGCCAGUAUUUUUUUUUUUCUCCCACUCUGAGAGGGUACAAAAUUUAGAAGUUUUGUUUUGAUUCUUUUUCCCCCAUUGCAAGUCUGUAAUCGAUCAUGUAUGAUUCUACCCACACCAGCUCCUGUUAGAAAUUUAUUUGACCAGCAGCACCGGAUUCUAUCAGAUCCCUCGUCGUUGCAGUUGUUUCCUUUUUUUAAAAAUCAUCCUUGCUAGCUGUUGUUUCGUACAUUCUAUGCUUCGUCGUCACCUUGUAGCGCAAGUGGAAGAAUCUUCUCAAUGUGGUCGGUACUUAGUUGGAAAGUAAAGUACAGGUAGCUGGCACUGACUCUGAUACUUUUAUUUUCUUUUCGUUUUCAGUUGUCUAGCUCUAGCUUUAGCGCCACCUUCUGCGGAAUCUUCGAGUUCGCAGACUUUGCUAUGCACAACUAAGUAGAGAAGUAGAGCACCUUCUGAAAACAGAACAGCUUCUGCUACUAACUUACCACCGACGAGUAGUAAACGAAUGACUCGCAACAUCAACAGUCUAGCACUUCCGCAUGAAGCUCUCGCAUCGACUUCUAGUCCAAACUGUAACUACUCU